CCAGAGCCCAGUCACCAGUUCCGCGCUCUGGUCUCCGCGCGUCGGCGGGUGGCGGAAACCGAGAUGUCGACUAUCCUGCAGCGCAUCGAGCGGCUGUCCAGCAGGGUGGUGCGCGUUCUGGGCUGUAACCCGGGACCCAUGACCCUGCAGGGCACCAACACCUACUUGGUAGGGAUCGGCAGCAGGAGAAUCCUCAUUGACACUGGAGAACCAGCAAUUCCAGAAUAUAUCAACUGUUUAAAGCAGGCUCUGACUGAAUUUAAUACAACAAUCCAGGAAAUCGUAGUGACUCACUGGCACCGUGAUCAUACCGGGGGCAUAGGAGAUAUUUGUAAAAGCAUCAGUAAUGACACUGCAUAUUGCAUUAAAAAACUCCCACGGAACCCUCCAAGAGAAGAAAUUAUAGGAGAUGGAAAGCAACAAUAUGUUUAUCUGCAAGAUGGAGACAUGAUUAAAACUGAGGGUGCCACUCUCAGAGUUAUACACACACCUGGCCACACUGAUGAUCAUAUGGCUCUACUUUUAGAAGAGGAAAAUGCUCUCUUUUCUGGAGAUUGCAUCCUAGGAGAAGGAACAACUAUAUUUGAGGACCUUUAUGAUUAUAUGAACUCCCUAAAAGAACUGUUGAAAGUCAAAGCUGAUAUUAUAUAUCCAGGACACGGCCCAGUAAUCCAUAAUGCCGAAGAUAAAAUUCUGGAAUACAUUUCUCACAGAAAUAUGCGAGAACAGCAGAUUCUUACAUUACUUCAUGAUAAUUUUGAAAAAUCAUUUACAGCAAUGGAGCUGGUAAAAAACAUUUACAAGACUGUUCCUGAGCAUUUAUAUAAGAUGGCUGAACAUAAUGUCUUGCUUCAUUUGAUAAAAUUAGAAAAAGAAGGAAAAAUCUUUAGCAACAUGGAUCCUGACAAGAAAUGGAAAGCUAAUCUUUAGUUGCAGAUUAAUGAAAGCUUGUGUUGGUUUGUUUUUAGAGAAUGGUGUGAUUUUCUUAACUAUUAAUUAUUUAUACGAAAGACAGAGUAUAGAACAUUGAAAAUAACCCUAGAUAUACUUUAAAAUAUUGUCAUAUUUUCUUCUAAAAUAAAUAUUACAUUUUACAUGUUA